UGGUUGCCUCAGUGGGCAGCCCUCAAGGCCAGCUCUGACCUGAUGUUGGUCAUAGAUGAUGGAAGUCAAGGAACCGAAACCGAUCCGCCCCGAUUCAGAAAUUCGGUGCAACCGAAAAUUCAGCCCAACCUAGUACAAAUCUGGUGUUCGGUUUCACAAAUGGACUUUCCGAUUUUUUCAGUUCGAACUCGGUUUGGGCCUGAUAACCGACCCGGCCCGAAUAUGCCCAGGCCUAGGCCAGAGGCAGUGAGGGAAUUAGAGUGCCCUAAUUGUAAAAGAUUGUUCUGUGCGCAGUUUAAGGUUUCUUGGCACGCCGGGAUUACUUAUGCCGAGUUUAAGAGGCUGAAUAAAGAUGAUACUGAAAAGGAUGAUCUCAUUAUGGAGAAACUUGGUUACAAGAAGCACUGGAGAAAGUGCCCAACUUGUGGGAUCUAUGUGGAAAGAUCAGGAGGCUGCACAACAAUACGAUGCAGGUGCGGGACUUAUUUCAACUUCCAUUGUGGACGACUGGGUUGUUCUUUUUGUGGAAAACACAGAAAGAAAAAUUAUAGAACUAUAGGCUUCUUCGUAUUCAUGAAGGGGAGUACAGAAGGAUUCAGCGGGACCGGGAGGAACCCUAUACUAGAGCUACUGCUAAACUUGCUAUUGAGAAAGGGAGAGAUCCAUGUCUCGUUCUGAAAAAAAGCCCUAGAGAAUCCAGAGAUGGAACCGACUGAAAUCUUGCCGGUGCGAUCGACGAUGUCGAGUAAAGAAGGAUAACGGAUGAGUAGAAUGAAGCAACAUGAGUUACUUAGGUGAUGCCUAGCUACAUUCGUUUCUUUCUUAAUUAAGCUCUUUAAGGUUUCCUUUUAUGUUCAAUGUUUUCAGUUAGCUUUAUUAUAAAGAAAAAAAUUAUAUUAAAUUCUCCAGUUAACUCAACCUAUUCUUGUACACUGACCUCAGUAAAGAACACUGGUGACUGGUGAGUUUUGCUUGUUAUUUGAGUUCCCCUGUAGAUAUACACAUAUCUUU